AGCUCCCGGCUUUCAGCUCGCUCCGAGCCCCUUUCUCGGGCAGAGCGGUUUCGCCGGAUGGCAUGGCAUGGCGCAUAUUUUUGGGGCGCUUUGGAUAUGCAGCCUGGGUGUCAUGGCAGGACCCCUGGCCUUGUUUUCCGCGCCGGGCCGCGCCUGGCCGCGGGUGCCCUGCAGGACAUUUGUGGGGAACCUCCCUGCCAAGAUGAGCAGUGCCGGGAUGAUGGUGAGCACCGGCAAUGAGCUCGAGUUCUGGAAUGACACCACCUGCCACCACAACGGGCCAGUGGCCCGUCUCGGCAACACAGCGGCCCGCCACGAGCGCAUCCUCGUGGUGGCGUUUCUCCACGGGGGGAUUUUCGCGGAGGUGGUGAAGCCCUGGGACGGGGCGGCAGAUCCCACCAGCCAGCUGCGGCUCUACGACGCGCAUCGCCUGGGCAGCAUGGACAAGCCGCUGUCCGUGGUGCAUCUCGCAGGGGAGGUGACAGGUGUCCACCGCCUGGCCACGGGCGAGCUUGUGCUUUGCGGAAGUUCGACCUGGGGCCAAGAGGCCCCCAGCGGCCGCGUCUGGGUGCUGAGGGACGCCUUCGACGCGGAUGGGGAGCGGCUCAUCUUUCGACUGCCUAUGCCAGUCCAGAAGUUGACGCUCACCCACAACUUGGUGCUGGGAGUCGUGGGGGAAGCCGGGGACUGCCAGGUGGUGUUCUUCAACGCCAGCAACAUGGCCAGCGGACCUUUCGCCACCUUGCAGUUUUUGGACCGGAUCCUCGACCUGGCAGUUGCGGAUGGGUGGUUGGUGCUGCUGGGCCAGACGUACCUUAACUUCUUCCCCUUGGCGACGGCUAUGAAGGGCGGCAUACAGCACUCAGAGAUGCAGUGCGGCGUGAUGGAGGAUGGCUUUCCGACUGCCCUGGUGGCGAUUCCCUCCGGCUUCCUCGUAGGCUAUACCGUGAACGUUAUCUCCGUGUUCAAGCUCGUGCACAUCGGCUGCGAAAGGAAGAACCUGAAAACCACGCACCCCACCUACUUCCUUGUGGCUUUGGGCGAUGCGAUCGCCUCCUCUUCUGGACUUCACUCAGUGGAAAUCUGGCCUUUGCAGUCCAUUGUGGACGACACCAUGGAGAAGGCGCGGGCCUUUCCUGUGGACUCCAUGGGCAUGAGCUUGGUGCCUCUUCCCGGCCAAGGCUUGGCGGUGGCCACCUUUCGGCAGGUGAACAUCUUCAGCUACGCAGGCGUGGAGUCCAAGCCUCGGCCCGCCUUCUCCCUGCCCGGGCACGCGAGCUUCUUCAAAGAGCAGGAGGGCCUGUUUCUGGUGGAUAGGACAGGCAGCAAUUCCCUGAUGGAUCCGCCCGUAACAGGCGACCCCCAACUUUGGCGGCGGGACGGAGGCGCUUGGCAGCUCCUGGCCAAUUUCAGCGUUGGCCUUGAGUCGGUUUCCGCGGCCCUGCUGCUGCCGGAGAACCUGCUGGUGCUGGGGUUCUACGCCAAUGGCCUGGGCAUCUACGACCUAAGCCAGGCUCAUGGAGCCCCCCUGGCAUCGCAAGCCUCCCAUGGCUACAUCGGCACCGUGGGGGCCUUGGCCUGGGACGCGAGCGGCCUGCUGCUGGGCACCGAGGAGCAGGUGCUCCUCCUGGAGGGCCCCCCGUCGUCCUUGGCGCAGCACUUAACCGAGGAGUGGGGCCACACGAUCAGCGGAGGCCUGUGGACCGGAGGCGCGGUCUGGGACUUUGUGCAGGACCCCUGGGGGCGAUGGAUCGCUGCAGAUCAGUCCGGAGAGUUGAUCUUCUUCACGGUGAACGGCGGCAGACUCGAACUCCGGCACCGCUUCGAAGUGCCCGGCCCCGUCUUCAGCCUGAAGAUCCUCGAUGGAUAUCUCCUGGUGGCUACAGACAUCAACUUGCUCUACGUCUUUGCCUUCGACCCAAAGGAUGUCAUCCAGGAGUUGGCCCGCUUGCCGGUCACGGCCGUGGACCCCGCGAUGCCGUCCAUCAGCGUCGGCGUGGUGGGGGAGGAUGGCCUGCUGCUGGGCUUGGACCUCUACCGUGCCCACGAGGAUUCGCUGUGCGCCCCUGGCCACUUCUCACCUUUGGGGUCCUUCGUGUGCAAGCCAUGCCCCGAGGGCUGGUCCAGUGGCAAGGGCUCCAGCAGCUGCGCGCGCCCGGAGCCCGCGACGCUGCUGGCCUCACUGGCGCCCCUGGCGCUGCUGGCGGCCUUGGGCCUCGUCUGGCGCUUUGUGCGGCCCUGGCACUUUCAGAGGCCAGGGACGUCCGGCGCUGAUUGGAGCGGCGUGUUCCAGAGCUGGCUCACGCCCCGCACCCGGGCGCCCCAGCUGGUCUUCGCCUACGCGGCCUGCCUGGCGCCGGGGUUGGCCCGCGGCGCGUGGGCUUUGGCAAUGGCCGCGUUCGCUGCUUUUCUCAUAAUGCCGCGCAAGCUGUCGAUGACCAGCGCCCCUUACCUCCGGGCCGGCUUGGCCUUGCGCCUCCUGGCGGGCUCCUGCUUGCUGCACGGCUGUGCGGCGCUGUGCCGAUCCCACGUCGUGGCUGCUGCGGCGGCAAUGGCCAUGAGCUGCAACUGCCUCCUAGCGACUCAAAUCCACCUCCUCCUGGCAACGCCAGUGGUGGUUCUGGACGCGGCCGUUCGCGCGGCCAACACUGCGGGGGUUCGCGUGCUCAACAUGCUGGCGGUCUGCGUGUGCAUGUCGAUUUGCGUGGUGGUGAGCCUAACCUUCAUGCAACAUGCGGGGCAUCAGGUGGAGACGCCCAUCGGCAUGUGCGACCUGAGCUGCGGGUGGCUGCCGGUGGUGUUGCUGUCGGCGGCGGCAUUGGCCUGCACGGCCGCCGUGGCCAUCGCGGCACACGCCUGCGACCUCUUCGAGGUUGAGACGCGCGUGCCGAACUGUCCGCUUUGGGCAGAAGAGGAGCAAAUCUUGCCUGCGAAGAUCCCGAUGAUGCGGGGUCGGAGGCUUCUGCUGAGGAUCUCCGUGAUUAUGAAGUCCUGGUGGGUGAAGCAUCGGCUGAGCGCCAUCCUCGCGCUCUACGAUUGCUUCACCUUUCGGGCGAAGCUGAAGACAGCCGCCAGCUCCCAGAGGCCCUCUUUUGCCUUGAUCCUUCUGGUCGCUGCAGUUACGGCCUCCAUCAACAUCUUGGCCAACGUCUUGGCUUAUCACAAGGUCUAUUUGCCGGAGCUUGGGGACCGGAACUUGCGGCUCAGCACCUUCUUCAAAUGCACCCUGCUCUUCAUGAAGCUCCGGGUGCUGCACGUGCCAGUAGAGGCGGUCACGGAGAUGGAUACCACCUGGCUGGACCAGCGGAUGACUGGCCUCAGCCAGUUGAUCCCAAUCUGGAUGUGCACCGCGGGGAGUUGCCCUUCCUACUGCCUCACGCGCCUGAAGGGCACAUGUUUCUAUGAGAUGCCUCCAGCCUUCGACGGGUGCCACUGCAAACACUUGGUGGUGGGCGUCCCAAACUUGAAAACCCGAUUGGCGGUGACGGGAAACUGCAUCUUCUCGGUGGUUGUGAUGGCCAUGCUCUCGGCCUCGCGCAUGCGGGUCACGGGCAUCUACUCCCACGAGCUGGGCAGCUGGGCGGUGGGCUGCGCCACCUACCUCCCCUCGCUCUUCUUCGCCAUCAACACCAUCUACCUCUCGGUUCCCUGGCUGGCCCAGCAGCACAUCGACUCCGCCUGGGACUUCAUGAUUUUGAGUAUGCCUGCCUUGCUCUAUGCCUUCAUGGCAAAUGAGCUUGCCAGGCACUUGGAGAUCGGCGCCAGGCACCGAACGCUGGGCGAGAACCAGGAGUUGGUACUCGGCCCCAACUUCGAGAUCAUCGAAGCUGUGAACCUGGAGCACUUGGUCGGUGUACGUGUCCAGCAGGCCCAGGGCCCCGACGGGGCGCCGCUGGCCUUGCGGCCUUUGAGCCGCGUGGCCGGGCCGGCGGUGCUGCUGUGCCGAGCCCCGCCCACCUACGGCUCCAUCUUCGUGGCCUCCGGGUACAAGGCGCUUGCGCCGCUGGCGCACGUCUCGACGGCAGCCUGCUUUUUCUGGAUGCGGGGUCGCUUCACCCACGCCAUCCUGGUGGCGGAUGGGAUUUUGCUCACCAUCCUCCUUCUGGCAAGCCUGGUGUUGUAUGCCACGCUGAACGCGGGUGAGACGACAGACGCGGAGCCGCAUGGGGUGGAACUCGAAUCUUCGAUUGCGAGCGGCUUCAGAAGCCCAAGAUGAGCACUCGAUCCAAGCGCUCGAUCUGAUUCCAGAGCGGAGGCGGAGAUGGCACCGGAGGCGGAGGGCGCCAAGACCCAAGAGUCCGAGCGGCAAAGGUGAAGGUGCGAAUGCCGUCGAAUCCAGCAAGCGCUGCCGUCUCAGAGCGAGCUGCGAUGGUGCGAUGAGAUGUACGUCUUGAUGCGCGUCCCCAAAAAGGGGCCGGGUCAUCUUGAAGGGACCCCAUCCAGAGGGCUACAUCUUCAUUCCCUGCCGUUGUCACAGCCGCAUCGCCGCGAUGGAUUGCGAAGC